AUGUCUUCGGUUGGCGCUGACGAGGCUAGUCGCCUUCGGGCGCUUCAGGCGGACGUGCGCGACCAGGAUGACCUUGAGAGAGACAUCACUCGUCAAGCAGACAAGGCCCUCGCGGAGAGGGCCGAGGAAAACGACACCAAGCGGCUAGAGAAGGCUCUCAACGAAAAGGCGAGAGUCGAAUCUCAGGUGCGGAAGGCGCAGCAUCGUCUACAGCAGCCAGUUGGCGCUGUCACCCGGCGACGCAUCGAGAACGAGCUGCGAGGACUGGAAGCGCGCAAGAAUGGCCUGGCCAAGGAUGUGAUGGAAAUCCAGAAGCGCAUCGACGAGAGACGCGAGAAACAGGAAAACCCUACUGCGGUCACCGGCUCGGGACGGCAGCCGAACGAGUCUCGUCGUGACUACCUCAUCCGCACUGGAAAAAUCACUCCAUUCGCCGCUGUGAACGCGGAUUCGAAGAAUGGGCCGCUUGCCAACCUACACGAUGCUCUCAUCGAUGUUGAAGAUAAAUAUGACGAAGACGAGGAGCGUGAACAAUUAAGGGGCCAACCUACCGCAUCGCAUGUUCAUCUAGCGCGGCCCGGGUUUGGCUUUGACGAAAUUAGUGCGGACAGUCGUUCUGAUAGCACCGUGUCGGGUGAAGGAAAGCGACGGAAGCUCGAUUCAAGCCCAGAGGCGAAGAAACGGCACAGGACUCGUGUGUCAACUUCUCCCAGCGCGGAUUCUUCCGCAAGCUAUGUUGCCUCGGAAGAUGCUGAUGAUGUGUCUGAGGAGGACGACUUUAUGCCAGACACCGUCCCCGAGCCCAUGCUCAUUAGCAAGCGUAAAAAGGACGUGUCUGGUGAAGAGCUGGAGGACUUCAGCGGUGUCGAUGAUGGUAAUGAAAGCGUUUAUCAAUCUCGUCUCACCAAGUGGGUCAGCAAACGCAGCGGCGCCCGCAAGCGUGCUCAGAAGGAUACUCCAGUUAAAGAUGAAUAUGAGGACGACGAGGAAUGGCUCAAGCCGCACCCAACCAUACCUGAUGAGGAGAUUACGAACGGACUUCUCAUUCCUGGCGAUAUCAAUCGUUUCCUCUUUGGCUACCAACGAACUGCCGUCCAGUGGCUUUGGGAGCUCCACCAACAAAAGGUGGGAGGAAUCAUCGGAGAUGAGAUGGGUCUCGGCAAGACGAUCCAGGCCAUCGCUUAUCUGGCGUCACUGCAUCACAGCAAAAUGUUCGAUAAGCCUGCUCUGGUUGUUUGUCCUGCAACGCUCAUGGAACAGUGGGUCAAUGAAUUUCAUCGUUGGUGGCCACCUUUCCGUGUCUCAAUUCUACACUCGUCUGGCAGUGGUAUGGUCAACCUUCGCAAGGAAACCACCCGCGAGGAAGCACUUACGGCCGAGUUGAUAGGCGGCUACCAUUCGCGCCAUUUCUCUGCGGGCCAAAAGGCUGCGAAAAAAAUCAUCAACCGAGUCACUGAGGAAGGGCACGUUCUUGUUACCACUUAUUCUGGUUUGCAGUCUUAUGCAGAUGUUCUUGUUGAUGUUGAAUGGGGAUGUGCCAUACUCGACGAGGGCCACAAAAUUCGGAAUCCAGACGCCGGUAUCACCUUCAGUUGUAAAGAGCUUCGCACCCCUCACCGCAUCAUCUUAUCAGGAACACCUAUGCAGAACAGCUUAGUCGAUCUGUGGUCCCUCUUCGACUUUGUCUUUCCGAUGCGCCUAGGGAAUUUGGUGAACUUUAAGAGCCAGUUUGAAAUCCCCAUUCGCCAGGGCGGAUAUGCCUCUGCAAGCAACCUCCAGGUCCAGACCGCUGCCAAGUGCGCGGAAACCCUAAAAGACGCCAUCAGUCCUUAUCUGCUCCAGCGGUUCAAGGCCGAUGUUGCGAAAGACCUCCCGCAGAAGAGUGAACAGGUCAUCUUCUGCAAUCUGACACAGUGGCAGCGAACCAUCUACCGUCGGUUCCUAGAAUCGGAUGACAUGAAGUCCAUUCAUCUAGGCAAGAGAAAUGCCCUCUUCGGCAUUGACCUUCUUCGCAAAAUCUGCAACCACCCGGACCUAGCAGACCACGCGCUACGAUCAAAAGAAGCAGAUUACGGCAAUAGCGAGCGCUCAGGCAAGAUGCAGGUGCUCAAAGGUCUCUUAGAAGUAUGGCGUGACACCAGACACAAGACUUUGUUAUUCGCGCAGACCCGCCAGGUGCUAGAUAUUCUGGAAAAGUUCAUCCGGUGGAUGGGUGAUUUCAAUUACCGCAGAAUGGAUGGCACUACUCCGAUCAAGGAUCGCCAGAGCAUGGUCGAUCGGUUUAACUCAGAUCCUAGUGUUCAUGUGUUCUUACUCACUACCAAAGUCGGAGGUAUAGGAAUCAACUUGACUGGCGCCGACCGGGUGAUCAUUUAUGAUCCUGACUGGAACCCGUCUACUGACAUGCAGGCGCGCGAGCGAGCAUGGCGGCUAGGCCAGAAACGCGACGUCACAAUCUUCCGCCUCAUGACCAAAGGCACCAUUGAGGAGAAAAUUUAUCACCGACAGAUCUUCAAGCAAUUCUUGACUAACAAAAUCACGCGCGACCCGCAAUCUCGGGAAGGUUUCAACCUCAGUGAUCUCUACGACCUGUUUACUCUCUCGGACGAGCAUGAAAAAGACCUGGAGACUGCAAAGCUAUUCAAAGAUGCGCAGGUUACCUACCGUGAAAAAGCAAAGAACGAACCCGGUAAAUCUCGUGAGGGUCAACCCAACCCCCCCUCUGAGUCUCGGAAAGAAGACGAUAUUAGCACUGUCCAGGGCGUCGCCUCCAUUGAAGAAUUCAAGUAUGACUCGGAAGACCCGGAAAAAGAAGGCAACGUCAAAAACGCUGAGGACCGGAUCAUGCAAGGCAUCUUCGCCCGGUCGAACGUGCACGCCGCACUCGAACAUGAGGAGAUCGUGAACGGAAAACGCAAAGUGCGCGCCGAUCCGAAAAUAAUCGAAGCCGAAGCCCGCCGCGUCGCCGACGAAGCCGCCGAAGAGCUCCGGAAAGCGGGCGAGACCGCUCGCACCGUCCCGAUCGGUCUGCCCACUUGGACCGGCCAAUUCGGCAUCGCGGGCCGGGACCGGUCCGGCGGGAGCAGUAGCUCGGCGCGUCCUGCCGGCGCGGGGCCAUCGUCUGCGAGUCUCGUUGCCAAUCUCAACCCUCGCGCUUCGGUGCGGUCUGCCGAUUCCUCUUCUCCCGCGCCAACGCGUAUGCCGCGUGGCAAGGACUUUCUGGCCAUGAUCCGGGACUACAUCGCCUCCCGCCGCGGGCCAGUGUACUCGCAGAUGCUCAUCGAUGAGUUUAGCCACUACUGCAACACACCGCAGCGGAUAGCAGAGUUCCAGGAGAUGCUCAAAAAGGUUGCUACACUUAGCCGUGCGGCGGAUGGACGGGGAAAGUGGACGUUGAAUCCAGAGUUUGCUAAGAAGCCGCCUGCGGGGAGGAGGUAG